UCGGGAAAAUGCAAGCAAAAGAUAACAAAGAUAAGAAUAAUAAGUUUGGCCAUUUUUGCGACCCUCAUCUGGCAACCCUUGAAUUAAUCGUGGGAUCCAAAGCCUCUGUUGCUGAGAAAAGAUGUUGUCCUUGAGGCAGUUACCUCGUUUGAGGGACCAAUUGUGUCGUUUGGUUACAAGUAGGGCCAAGAAGCCAUUCAGACCCAUCGACCGACACCACAGAUCGCUUUCCACGUACUCCUCCAAGGUCUUGGAGCAGUAUCGCAAAUAUGCCGAAUACUCUCCUUCUCCCGUGAGUCUCUCGCAUUUUCUCCAUUUCGGUGUUAAAGAGCCGGAGAGUCGGAGUUAUGAUUUUCUUCAUCGAGAGAUCCCUGUUCGUUUGGCCAACAUGAUGCAGGAGAUCGAGCUCCUCCCUGAUGAACUCCUUCGACAGCAAUCCUGUCGCCUCAUCCAGGACUUCUACAUGCUCAGCUUUGGCGAGAUGAUCGAAUAUGAGAAUGCACCUCAAUCCUCAGAUACAUUCGCCCAGUUUGCCGAAACCCUGGAUCGGAUUCGUAAUCGCCAUUCUGACACGGUCGAGAUGAUGGCCGAGGCUGUCAUGAGUGUGACACAUCAAUCCCAAAACGGGGUCACCGAGAUUGACGCCAAGACUCAGUACUUCUUGGAUCGUCUCUACAUGUCCCGGAUUAGUAUCCGCAUGUUGAUCAACCAGCACCUCAUGCUUUACGGAGGACAGCUUCCCAAGGAAGAAUCCGAUAUCGGAUGCAUCAGCCCGCAUUGCAACGUGGCACAUAUUGUGCAGAGGGCAUAUCAGAAUGCUUCCUUCCUGUGCGAUCAAACUUACAUGCGAUCACCCGAAAUGACGUUGGACAUCACCAACACAUGUGAUCCCGCCAUCGACGUGGUCGAGUUUGUGUACGUGCCAGCUCACUUGUAUCAUAUCCUGUUCGAGUUGUUCAAGAAUGCUCUUCGGGCGACUAUUGAGCAUCUGGGCGAGGACGUGGAUGAAUAUCCGGCCAUCCGAGUGCUCGUGGUCAAAUCUGAGCAAGAUAUCUCAAUCCGGAUCUCGGACCAAGGCGGCGGAGUCCCGCGUCAGAUCUCGGAGAACUUGUUUCAUUAUAUGUACAGUACCGCCCCUCGUCCGGAUAUGGGUAGUGGAGGCGGGGGCCAGGCCCCCAUGGCUGGAUUGGGUUAUGGAUUGCCAUUGUCGAGGUUGUACGCCCGUUAUUUCAGGGGUGAUAUUGCCUUGACCUCACUUCAUGGGGUGGGCACGGAUGUGGUUGUGUAUCUUCGCGCUUUGGCCGAGGACGCGGCCGAGGUCUUACCCGUGUUCAACAACUUCACCAAGAAAUCGUAUCUAAAUAGUGAAUCCAAUGGAUCAGAUUGGACGGAUCCUAUUCCGGGAUUCUACACGCGAAACGGGCGACAUUAAUAAGCCAUCCCUGAAAUCGACAUAAUACGUGCGUCAACGAAAGCAAUACCAUUGCUAUUAACAAUUGUCAUCGAAUUGCAACCAUAGAUGAACUUGAGACAUAGACUACUUCUAUGAAGUCUUGCAGCACACCCAUGCAGGUGAGAUCGAACAGGGGUCCAUUUGAAAUUUGGAACCACUUGGACCAGGAAUUCUCAGAUUGAACCACUUUGUCCCUUCGCCACCUUCCUAUUAUUUGUUCCCGAAACUCUUCCAAUAUCAACAAUCAAUCUUGAAUUUUAGCUUCAUCCGAUGAAUUCGAACCCAUCUCUCCCACAAAGUUCAAGAGAACUCCCUCCUUCCCCUCUUUUGGUGCCUUUCCCAAUUUUUCAUUUGAUCUUCGCAACUGUAUUAUUACAACAAUAGUCUUUUGGGACAACCAGGAUAUCUCUGGUAUUGCUAUGGUGACAGGUAUCACCCCGACCACCCAAAUCGUGUUUCUUGUGGGUGUAUUAUCUCCCUACCUUUUUCUUAAAUCAAAGGGCUCUGAUCAGUAACGACCAUAUUUCCUCAAUGUUGUACUUUAUCCUAAGCACUCAAGGCUGUGACAGUAUUGUCAGUGUGAAUCAACUUGUUACGUGGUGGACCCAACAAAUUACGAUAACUAUAAUUGUGUUUGUAUGCACGUCUAGUGCCUGUUGCAUUAAAUACCCCUGUGUCUGUAACAUAAUUCCCCCGAGAAGACCAAUAAACCUGAAUGUCUACAUUGUAACAA